AAAAAAAAAAACUGCAGGAGACAACGAUGAAGUUGCCCUCUCCCCUCUUGCUCAAUUCCCUUCAGAUAUUAUUUUAAACAUUUUCAAAUAAGAAAUAUGUAGGAAAAGAAAUAAAUACUCGCCGCUCACGAGACCGGCGCGAGGAGCUCUGCCACGUAAGGAGUUUGGCUUUGUCCGACAGCCGCGGUGGGAAGACAAAGAUCGCCUGCCAAAAAAUUAACCAAUCUUCGAAGGAAUCCUCUCUCUCCUUUCUCGUCGGUGGCCGGUCUUUGUUGGUGCUCGGAGGCCGAAGAGUUCUGCUGUUAGGGUAUAGCAUGUCGAUGAACAGAGCUGAUGAGGUUGACUACAUGACUGAUGAGAGUGAGAUGGGAAAUGCCAUGGAUGAUGAGAUGGAAGGGGACUUCUUUGAUGCAGAUAGAGGUCGAGGUGAAGCUGAUGAUGAGUAUGAUCUGCUCACCAGAGUGACUGACACAUCUUCGGCUCAAGCCAGGAGUGGGAGGGACAUCCAAGGCAUCCCAUGGGACAGGCUACAAAUAACAAGGCAGAAUUACAGACAGACUCGUAUACAGCAGUACAAGAAUUAUGAGAAUAUUCCUUCAUCUGGCGACCGUAUGAACAAGAAAUGCAAGCAAGUGGAGAAAGGUGGCAAUUAUUAUGAGUUUCAGUAUAAUACGAGAUUGGUCAAGCCCACAAUUCUUCAUUUUCAGCUGAGGAACUUGGUCUGGGCGACUUCCAAACAUGAUGUCUACUUUAUGUCAAAUUCUUCAGUCAUGCAUUGGUCAUCAAUAUGUAGCAGUUUGUCAGAGGUCCUGGAUUUCUCCGGACAUGUGGCUCCUGGGGAGAAAUACCCUGGAAGUUUGCUAGAUGGAUUCACACGAACUCAAAUCAGUACACUUGCAGUAAAAGAUGGUUUGAUGGUUGCAGGAGGUUUCCAAGGAGAACUAACUUGUAAGCUGUUGGAGCGGCAAGGAGUUAGCUUCUGUACAAGGACAACAUUUGAUGAUAAUGCAAUAACAAAUGCUAUAGACAUAUAUAAAGAUUCAAGUGGUGGCAUCCGUUUCAUGGCAUCCAAUAAUGAUUGUGGUGUACGGGAUUAUGAUGUGGAGACAUUUCAGCUCUUGAAUCACUUCCAGUUUCCUUGGUCAGUCAAUCACACAUCAAUAAGCCCAGAUGGGAAGCUUGUUGUGGUCGUGGGAGAUGAUCGUGAUGGAUCGCUUGUUGAUUCACGAAAUGGAAAGGUCUUGUUCUCAUUAGUAGGCCAUUUAGAUUAUUCAUUUGCUUCAGCAUGGCAUCCAGAUGGCCAGACAUUUGCCACUGGGAAUCAGGAUAAGACUUGCCGUGUUUGGGACAUUAGGAACCUUUCAUCCUCGGUAACAGUCUUAAAGGGCAAUUUGGGUGCAGUUCGGUCCAUCCGUUACUCCUCCGAUGGGCAGUUCCUGUUGUUCGCCGAGCCUGCUGACUUCGUACACAUCUAUAGCACCAGGGCUCACUACAAGAAGCGGCAAGAGCUGGACUUUUUUGGGGAGAUAUCAGGUGUUUCGUUGAGCCCGGACGACGAGUCCCUCUACAUCGGAGUAUGGGACCGGGUCUAUGCCAGCCUGCUUCACUAUAGCAAGAGGCAUAUGUACAUUUAUCUCGACUCAUAUGCGUGACAGCGUCAUUAACUCGAAGGUAAAUUCAACAGCGAUAGAGCUCGAGAUAAUUUUGCUGGUGGCAACUUGUGUUCAUCUUCGAUAACAUGGCCGUCGUUGGUUACCAUUAGUGCUGUUCCAGUCGAAUAAUGCCCAAAAGUGUGAAUCUCCUCUAGAUGUGUACAGGGCAGGACUCAUAGAGCUUUGUAUUCAGUGGAAUCUGUUUCUGGGGAACGAUUUUGUUGCAUGGCAAGAAGUUUGUUACCUGUGUUUUCAUCUCUUGCUCAUUGUGUUGUGAUUGAUUACAUGAUAAUUUGAUUAUCUCUCAUGCUUCCUUGCCAA